AGCCGAGCGAGCGGCGGCGGCGGGAGGAGGCAGCGCCGCCGCCGCCAAGAUGGCGGACCUGGAGGCGGUGCUGGCCGACGUGAGCUACCUGAUGGCCAUGGAGAAGAGCAAGGCCACGCCGGCGGCGCGCGCCAGCAAGAAGAUCCUGCUGCCCGAGCCCAGCAUCCGCAGUGUCAUGCAGAAGUACUUGGAGGACCGGGGCGAGGUGACAUUUGAGAAGAUCUUCUCCCAGAAGCUGGGGUACCUGCUGUUCCGAGACUUCUGCCUGAACCAUCUGGAGGAGGCCAGGCCCUUGGUGGAGUUCUACGAGGAGAUCAGGAAGUAUGAGAAGCUGGAGACAGAGGAGGAGCGCGUGGCCCGCAGCCGGGAGAUCUUCGACGCGUACAUCAUGAAGGAGCUGCUGGCCUGCUCGCACCCCUUCUCCAAGAGCGCCACCGAGCACGUCCAGGGCCACCUGGUGAAGAAGCAGGUGCCUCCGGACCUCUUCCAGCCCUACAUCGAAGAGAUUUGCCAAAACCUCCGCGGGGAUGUGUUCCAGAAGUUCAUCGAGAGUGAGAAGUUCACCCGAUUCUGCCAGUGGAAGAACGUGGAGCUCAACAUCCACCUGACCAUGAACGACUUCAGCGUGCAUCGGAUCAUCGGGCGCGGGGGCUUCGGCGAGGUCUACGGGUGCCGGAAAGCCGACACGGGCAAGAUGUACGCCAUGAAGUGCCUGGACAAGAAGCGCAUCAAGAUGAAGCAAGGCGAGACGCUGGCCCUGAACGAGCGCAUCAUGCUGUCCCUCGUCAGCACCGGGGACUGCCCCUUCAUCGUCUGCAUGUCCUAUGCCUUCCACACACCCGACAAGCUCAGCUUCAUCCUGGACCUCAUGAACGGCGGGGACCUGCACUACCACCUGUCCCAGCACGGCGUCUUCUCCGAGGCCGACAUGCGCUUCUACGCGGCCGAGAUCAUCCUGGGCCUGGAACACAUGCACAGUCGCUUCGUGGUCUACCGGGACCUGAAGCCCGCUAACAUCCUGCUGGACGAGCACGGGCACGUGCGCAUCUCGGACCUGGGCCUGGCCUGCGACUUCUCCAAGAAAAAGCCCCACGCCAGCGUGGGCACCCACGGGUACAUGGCCCCCGAGGUCCUGCAGAAGGGCGUGGCCUACGACAGCAGCGCCGACUGGUUCUCACUGGGCUGCAUGCUCUUCAAGCUGCUUCGGGGGCACAGCCCCUUCCGGCAGCACAAGACCAAAGACAAGCAUGAGAUCGACCGGAUGACAUUGACGAUGGCCGUGGAGCUGCCCGACUCCUUCUCCCCGGAGCUGCGCUCCCUGCUAGAGGGGCUGCUACAGAGGGACGUGAACCGGAGGCUGGGCUGCCUGGGCCGCGGGGCUCAGGAGGUGAAGGAGAGUCCCUUCUUCCGCUCCCUGGACUGGCAGAUGGUCUUCCUGCAGAAGUACCCUCCCCCGCUGAUCCCCCCACGGGGGGAGGUGAACGCGGCCGACGCCUUCGACAUCGGCUCCUUCGACGAGGAGGACACAAAAGGGAUCAAGUUGCUGGACAGCGACCAGGAGCUCUACCGCAACUUCCCCCUCACCAUCUCGGAGCGGUGGCAGCAGGAGGUGGCCGAGACGGUCUUCGACACCAUCAACGCCGAGACCGACCGGCUGGAGGCGCGCAAGAAGGCCAAGAACAAGCAGCUGGGCCACGAGGAAGACUACGCCCUGGGCAAGGACUGCAUCAUGCACGGCUACAUGUCCAAGAUGGGCAACCCCUUCCUGACCCAGUGGCAGCGGCGGUACUUCUACCUGUUCCCCAACCGGCUCGAGUGGCGGGGCGAGGGCGAGGCCCCGCAGAGCCUGCUGACCAUGGAGGAGAUCCAGUCGGUGGAGGAGACGCAGAUCAAGGAGCGCAAGUGCCUGCUGCUCAAGAUCCGCGGGGGGAAGCAGUUCGUCCUGCAGUGCGACAGCGACCCCGAGCUGGUGCAGUGGAAGAAGGAGCUGCGCGACGCCUACCGGGAGGCGCAGCAGCUGGUGCAGCGGGUGCCCAAGAUGAAGAACAAGCCGCGCUCGCCCGUGGUGGAGCUCAGCAAGGUGCCGCUGGUGCAGCGGGGCAGCGCCAACGGCCUCUGAGCCCCGCCCCCGCCCGCCCGCCUUUUAUAAACCUCUAAUUUAUUUCGUCGAAUUUUUAUUAUUUGUUUUUCCCGCAAAGCGGAAAAGGUUUUAUUUUGUAAUUAUUGUGAUCUCCUGUGGCCCCAGCCUGGCCCAGCCCCCAGGGAGGGGCCCGCUUGCCUUGGCUCCCGCUGCCACCCACCCGGCCACUGUCCAGUGCCCCCUGCCCCGACCUCCAGGGGCCGCCUGCUCCCAGUGUCUUCCUGUGAGAGGGGCGAGGCGGGGGCGGCGGGCCUCUUGCCCCUUGCCCGGGAACGAUGUCAACACUGACUGUGCCCUGGGGCUCCGCGGGCUGUGUCCUGUGCCCAGGGGUGUGGCCGGGGGUUGGGGGUGGGGCCUCUGCCACAGGGAGGCGCAGCACAGGGAUUCUACUUGAACUUGCCCACUGCGGCCCUUCCCGUGACAUGGGGACAGACGGUAUGCUGUCCUGCUCGCUGGCCGCUGGCGGAGAGAGGGGACCUGCUGUAUCCUGUGGCAACUUGGGCUGCGGUGCCCUGUUCGGGAGAAGCCUCCGUGUCGCUGGCUGCCGCCAUCGCCACCUGCCCUGGACACCGUGGCUCAGCCAAGAGCGUGGUAUGGGCAGCAGGUGCUGCCCCCCCGACACCCCUCUCCCCCAGCCCCCUCUUCCUCCCACCCGAGCACUUGGGCUCAGGGACCACAGAAAGGCAACUGGGAUUGGGCCAUACUGGCCUAGCCUGGCCUCAAGGCCCCCCAAGCCCUGGGCCAAGGGAGGCCCUGCCUGGGUGGGCGGGCAGCAUGGCGCGAGGGGCCAGCCGUGAGCCCCUCCACAGCCCCGUCCUGUCCGUGCCGCCGGGCACCGCCUCGCCUGCCGCAUGCCCCCUCGUGCCAGUCGCGCUGCCCUGUGUGGUGUCGCACCCUCUCCCCGGGGGCUGGGUCGGCGCGCCCUCCCCUCCGUCUGCUCACUCCCUGGGGUGUUUCUUUGCCGAUUUUUGAAUGUGAUUUUAAAGAGUGGAAAAUGAGACUAUGCGUUUUUAUAAAAAAUGGUGC